CUCUCAGCAGUUGCUUUUUGAAUGUGCUAGUGCAACAUGCAAGUGCGCGGAUGGGACUUUUUGAGGGCCAACAAAAGGCCACUUAUCUUCCUAUUCUUACUCACAAAAUUUAUGUUCAUUCUGUUUUGCGUUUUGUCUCUAAAGACUCUCGACUCCAUCAACCGCUUUGAUUGGGACGCCACAAGAAGAAUAGAUUCAGAGCCGUCGGCUCUCAACAGGACGCCGAAUCACCCGCUAAUGCUGAUUUACAACCGAAUACCAAGAAGUGGAGGAACUACCUUAAAAUCGCUACUUACAGAGCUGGGACACAUCAGAGGAUUCAUUCACAGAUCGUCAAAGGAACUUGAUUACCGACAAUUGACCUACGAGGAAGAAAAAAUGUUUGUCCAUGACCUCAUGAGCGAGAAAAAACUCUUCUUCUUCCCAUUUUCUUUUGAUAGAACAAUUUACUAUAUAAACUUUACAAGGUUCCGAGUCUACCGACCAGCGUACAUCAAUUUCCUCCGAGAUCCGGCAGCAAGAGCAGCGUCCCUUUUCUAUUCGCAACAAAUGUCAAACCAAUUGCUGGCCGACCCUGACAGUCGUGUCAUGCUUAAGGACUCGGUGCAGGAUGUUUUCGGAGAGUGCGUCUUGCACGGUCUUCCGGAGUGUAAAUUUCAAGACGGCCAGUCUUACGAAACUGCUGUCGCUUACUUCUGUGGAUCAGAUCCUGAGUGCCUGAUAUUGAACAGCAGAGCAGCUCUGCAAAGGGCAAAGAGGGUUUUGGAGACCGAGUACUCCGUUGUAGGAAUUUUGGAGUUGAUGAAAGAGUCGCUGAAAGUGAUGGAAGCCUACGUGCCAAAAUACCUCACAGGGAUCUUGGCACUUUACAAACAUCAAGACGUGACAGAAAAAGUGAAAAAGUCCCUUCCUCAUCCAGAGCCGUCACUCCGAGCCCUGAAAGUGCUGAAGCGCCAGUUCCGUUCGGACUAUGAGCUUUACGAAUUUGCCCUUCAAAGGUUGAUGCUGCAGCUGAAAUCUGUUCAGGGUAACUCCACCUUAAAGUAAACCAUUUUCCAUGCUAUGGUUUAAAUCUCUGUUUAUUUGUUUCUUACACUCUACAAAGAGACGAGUUACAAUAAUUAUUAUUCUCAUAUAUGUGAUUCCCACAAAGAAUAUAAUAAUCAUCAUUAUGUACAGUCAACUCAAAAAAAAAUUCCUUUUUUAAUACAAACAUCUUCAAACAAGACUUUCAACAUCAACUUUCAGCUCUUUUGGAUUAUUUUGUCAAUUAAAAUUUGCAUGCUUUUGAGCAUCAACAAUUUUAAUGAAGAUUUGAAAUAAAUUAAAUACAUAAUAUUUUGAACGGUCCAACGCAAUUUUCGAGCCUACUCGUUGUCAGAGAGCAAAUAAUUUUGUUUGAUGUCGCCCUCUUUUGGCUCAAAAUCUCUAUCACGAGAGAAUGAUAUAUUGAUGCUUUAUUUUUUUCAAUAUAUGUACAAUUUUGUGUACAGUUAUGCUUGUAUAUGGAGUUUGCCGCACACACAGUAAACCGUAUCUCAUAUAUAUAUAUAUUUUUUUUACUAUUUACUUGACGUAGUUUAUGCGUGUGUAUUUUGAUGUGGAUUUGAAACGUGAAGUUUGCGUGUGUCUCUCACUGAAAUAGUUUCAACACCACUGUUUUUAUCACAAUCAUGACGUACACCGUGGAUAUAUUUAUCUAAAUAUACUCGCGCUCGCUUUCCUUGAUCCCUUCUUCCUACAAAAUUUUUUGUCAUGUGUCAAACUCUCAAAGACUGAAUUUUAAAUAAUGAUCCAAAUUUACGACUUUAAUUUGAGUUUCUUUAGUGAAUGUCGUCCGUUCCUUUCAUGAAAUUGUAGAAAUGUGUUUAAAGCUUGGCAAUGUUUGAUCUUGUCCUACUAGACAGCAGUUUUAAGCGUAAUAAUCAUAGAGAGGGAUAUUAUUUGAAUACUUUUUUGCUCAAGGAGAUUUCUAUCAACAAUUUUUCAUUCCUUAUCGAGAACGAGAGGAGAUGGAAAGGGUCAACAUUUCAGGCAGGGUUGACACCGAUUCACAGGUAGCACUGGCAAGAGAAGGGUUGAGAAUAUAUUUCAACAACCGCGAUUAAAAUUUUGUGAAAAAUUUACCAUUAUUGCCAACGUAGUAUUUUGCCAGAGGAAACAGUCGCGUUAGUAAUAAUUAUGUGAUCCACCACUUAACACUGAAGGAAUGGGUAAUUAUAAUUUCAGCUAAGCCAGCCAGUUUGAUGAGCCUGAUUCAAAGCAAAAGAAAAUUAGUUCCACUCACUUUCACACACGGCUAUUUUUUUAUUUUGUAAAUAUUUUCGACUAUUUUCAAAUCCACACAACCGUUUUGUGAAUAUAUAUUUGACAAGAUGUGUGUGAGCCAAAAACUACUAUUUUGGCUCGCCGCAUCAGGGGUUUGAUCCCUCGCUUGAAAUGGCUUAAUAUUAUAUCAGAGAGGUGCAAUUAAUGCAGGUGAGCCGCAAUCAAUAUCGAAAUGCAUCAUUUUUGUGAACGAACUGAAAAAUUUCAAAACAAUUAAGUAGAGAAAAGCCAGCUUUUUCCAUCAUGACAAUAAGUGAGUCUCUCAUGGUCCCUUUCUUUAAAACACACUCUAUAGUAGUAGUAAAAUGCCAGAAGCUGAAUUUGCAAGUGAAAAUGUGUGCAAAUCGAUUUAGUAAAUCCUACGUUAAUUUGCAAGUGUAACGAGUUCCAUUUGAGUGUUUGUUAUUAAUUUCUAAUCGCUACGAUAAAUUCUUGGUGGACUUAAAUUGUGCAGCAAACCAGCUGCCGCAGUAGUGAGAUUUUUCAGAGAGAUACAAAGUGCAUUCCGAAUACAUUUUCAAGCGAAUAUUUAUGUAUAUAUUAUAUUUUUUACAUAUGAACAUCGAUAGUCUAGUUUUGUGCUGCUUACGGCUCUCUUGGUUUAUCAAGUGGAAACGUGUGUGAGAGUUUUAGCAAAAUAAGCGAGAGGAUUUAAUUUAUUACGCAUUUAUUUCAUGCUUAUUUUCAUGAAUUCACGCAACACUUUUAAAAUUAAACGCGCGCUCGCAAAACCACCCACCAAAAUUAUUGGUGAAUCGCUUUCGUACAUAUUUUUUUUUUGUAUUAUAUACCCGCAACAUCCAAGUAUGUGUCACUA